AUAGAGAGACUGAAGGAGGAGAGGUGCAGGACAGGCUGAAGAAGGGAUAGAGACCAAAGGAGGAGAGGUGCAGGACAGGCUGAAAAAGGGAUAGAGACUGAAGGAGGAGAGGUGCCACAGCCACAGUGAGUUGACAGAGGCACGUGAUGGGAUAAAGGAGAAGGAGAAAGAAAAACUUGAGAGUUUGAAGUCCCAACGAAGAGCUGGCAGGAGCGAGCCGACCCGACCGACCGGACAGAAUCGAAGAGAAUAACGCGACUAUACGCGGCUAUAUGCAUAUUCAUGCGCUGACCAAGUGACACCAGCAGCUGUCACGGGUGAGAGGAGAGACUCAGACUCCGUCAGAAUGAAUCCAGACACGCAGUGUGAGGACAUGUUGUCUACCAUGGUCUUGGAGAACAUCAAAAACAAACUCUUGCACGCAUUCAGGGCGACAGGAGAGGCACGGACCGUCCCAGACUGCUCAGGUGCGUCUCCCACCUGCGUUGGGAGAAGUUUUCAAGCCAAUGAAGAGCUGAGAAGAGCCAAAAUUGACGGAGCAAUUUCUUGGAUACGAUCUGAGCUGCUGGAGAUGCGCUCGCAGGACCGGCAGCUGGCCCAGACUCUGCUGGGGCUCAACAGCGAGAUCCAGAGGCUGAGGAGGGAGAACAGCGCCGCCGUAGCCGCUGCCGGCAUGGCACCGGACCCAGAGGGCGGCCAGAACCACAGCCACUGACCCCCACCCCACUCACCCGGGCAGGGCUUUCCCCUUAUUCAGAAAACAGAGAGGACGAGUGGGAAUAGCA